AUGGCCAGCCCCAACGGCAGCGAGCGAGGGCACUUCGUCCUGCUGGGCUUCUCCGACCGGCCCCGGCUCGAGCCGGUCCUCUUCGGCGUCAUCCUGGCGGCCUACGUGCUCACGCUGGUGGGCAACUCGGCCAUCAUCCUGGUGGCCUGGGCGGACCGCCGGCUCCACACCCCCAUGUACUUCUUCCUGGCCAACCUGUCCUUCCUGGACCUCUGCUUCACCACCACUUCCAUCCCUCAGCUGCUCUUCAACCUGAGGGGCCCGGACAAGACCAUCAGCUACUGGGGCUGCGCCGUUCAGCUGUUCCUGUUCCUGGGCCUCGGCGGGGCGGAGUGCUUCCUCUUGGCCGCCAUGGCGUACGACCGCCUCGUCGCCGUGUGCCGGCCCCUGCGCUACCCGGCCGUCGUGCGCCCGCGCCUCUGCCUGGGCCUGGUGUCCGGGGCGUGGGCGGGCGGGCUGGCCAACUCCUCCGCCAUGUCCCCGGUGACCCUCUCGCUCCCCCGCUGCGGGCGUCGCGAGGUGGACCACUUCCUCUGCGAGAUGCCCGCCCUGAUCCGCGCGGCCUGCGUCGACACCGCGGCCGUCGAGGGGACCGUCUUCGUCCUGGCCGUGGCCGUGGUGCUGGCCCCCUUGGUGUUCAUCCUGGUCUCUUACGCCGCCAUCGUCCUCACGGUGAUGGGGUCCAAGGCCGGGCGGCGCAAGGCGGCCAACACCUGCGGGGCCCACCUGACGGUGGUGUUCCUCUUCUACGGCAACAUCGUCUACAUCUACAUGCGGCCCGGCGGCGGGACUCGGGAGCGGAACAAGUUCCCCACGCUCUUCUACAACGUCGUGACCCCUCUCUUCAACCCCCUCAUCUACACCCUGAGGAACAGGGAGGUGAAAGGGGCCCUGAGGAACCUCCUCCUUGGACCGGGACAAGAGGAAGGACUGAUCCGGGCUUGGGAACGUCCUAAUAAUAAGAAUGACACUUGGGAAGGGCCUGAGGGGAGAGGCCUCGUAGGCCCCGGAGGUCCCGAGGACCAUAGAGAAGCGGGGAGGGGGAGUCCUCCGGGGUCCUAG